AACCUCCUCUUCCUCCCCCAGUAUCCCAGCAUUGGACACCUCCUUCUUUCCCUACAGAAAAUAACGACUCAAUUGCCCCUUUUUAUCUUUUUUUUUUUUAAAGCUUGUCUUUCAGUGUGUUCAUCGACAAUCUCAUUCAUCUCCAUCCUUUUCUCAUUCAGACAUGAAGACAUCUUUGAAAACGCUCCUAGUCGUCGGUUUGACUUGUUUGCAAUAUCUGUCCGGCAUAGAUGCUCAAGCAGCAACCCCUACAACCCCUGUUCGAGGGACCGUCAGUGCAACCACCACUACAGUCCCAACGCCAUCACAACCAUCGUUUGUCAACACUCCAGGCCUGCAAAUCUCUUCAGUCUACAAUGGAAUGACGAUUAUUCAGGAUACAGUCUUAUCCAUCAUGAUUAGUCUGUCAGACCAGCGACCAAUAAGCUCAAUCAACUUUUCGGUCGCCAAGAAGGAUGGCUCUUCCAACACAACGAUUUCCACUGUCUCAUCAGGCGCAACUAUUCGUUCGAGACAACUAUGGAAUGUCACCUCGGAACAGUAUCCACUAGGCGAAUACUUGCUCAAUAUAAUCAUCACCCCUAACAAUACAGUUGGCGCAGGCACCAACCCACCAGCAUCGUCCUCGAGCGCUCCUCCAGAACCCAAGCCAACCGAAGCCCCCAGUACCCCAAGUGUAGGACCAGCUGUUUAUUACUGGCAAAUGACUGUUAAAGUCGUUCAACGCUCAAGCCCCCUUCCUAGUAGCUCCGCCAUGUCACUAAAUGUGCUUGGAGGUGGCAGCAGCAUGGGAUAUCUCUAUAGCAUGAUGGUGGCUGUAGGAGUCAUUUCUCUUGGAGCAAUGCUUGGGCUUUAAUAGAAUAACGGUAUAAAUGUUGGAACAGGCGGCUUGACGGUCCCGAAAGUCUAUACGAUUAUAAUAGACAAAUAAAAGUAGCGCUAUACGAAGACACGG